UAGUUUGUACGAAUUUAUUGUUGUGCUGCAUAUUGAAGAUGAUAAUUAUCACAGACACUUAUUAUAUCAAACUCCACGUACACACAUGCAAACAUGUGUAUAUAAUGUAUGUAUGUAUAUUGUCUACCACCACAUAAGUCACACAAGUGUCGCUGCAAAUGCAAAGAAUCCAAGGAACGAAGGAACUGUCAAAACUCGAGAAAUGACAACGUCUUGAAACACAUUAACGUUCAAUUAAAAACCAGGUGGAUGUACGCGUGUAACGUGUGCGUGAAACACGAGUGCGAUCUCGAUAAUUAACAAACUUGCGUCGUAUAAUUCGAGUUUGUAUCUCGUGAGACCACUGUGUCCUUUUAAUGAAAUUACUCGCCCGAUAUUAUGAAGAUAUACAAUGGAGGUUUCAGAGGCAAGAAACCUUGUUAGAGAUUUGGAUUUAACCCUGCAACCUCGCAUCGUUCCACGAUACAAGACCUGGCUUCCUCUUGCUACCCAACAAUUAAGGCUUAGAAAUCUGAUACAAGUCAUAGGAUGUAAUCUAAAAUCUAAAGAGGCUUGUUGGUACUAUUACACUUUGCACAGAACAAGCAUGUCCUCUCCCUUGUAUACCAGUGAAAUAAUUGACAAUGCAAAUCCCAGGUGGUCAAGUCUGGAGGUACCUAUUAUUCAUGCCACGGGUUAUUCUACUGCCAGUGAGGUGAUCGUAAGAUUAUGGAAAAGAACAAUUGCGGAGAGUGUAACUACAGACGUGACAGUAUUCACAUGGGGAGUAUCGUUCACUGGUUUGGUUUAUAUCGGACCAAAGCUGCCGAACAAUGUAGACGUUGUUUUAAAGGAGAAUUCUCUUGUGUUUAAAUUUCCUGGUGGCUUCUUCGCGCCUCUGUACUGUUUUCUGGAACAACCCGAUCUGAAAAGGUAUCUGGGCAUAAAGAUAAACGCGUCCGAGAUAAGGGACAGCUACACCGUGAGCAAACUGAGUAGCUUGAGAAAUAAAAUGCAAGCCCUGAAACAGCAAACGGAAUCAGUGCAAGCGCUUAGGACUAGAAUCGCGUCUGGUGAUAAUUUCAAUGCACCGAAAUAUCCGCAAUCCUCGUUGAAUCGAUUGUUCCAGCCUCGUAAAGUCAAUAGAGAAAAAAGAACCGAGAUAUUGAAGAUAAAAAAGGAUUUGGAAAUGGCCAAAUUCCGAACGAAGUUGUUGGAACAAGAGAGAGCAAAGAAAAUGGGAGAAUUGAGGAUUUUAAAUCAGAAGCAUUCCAAUAUCAUGGAAGAGAAUCAAGAUUAUGGUUCGGAUUUGAUGGAAAUGUACCGGGAAUUGAACAAGGAUAUCGAGAGGCUACACGAGUGGCGACAGAAUCAAUUGGAUACGAGAGAAAAUUAUGUUCAAUUGAGUAGCCAGCUUGCUCAUAGAAGGCGACAAUUAAUUUCGGAGUUAAGUUUAAUAUACCCUAUAACUCAGGAUAGUAAUGAGAAGUUUAGGAUACACAACGUUCAUUUACCGGACAGUGAGAAUUUAGAAUUAUCAAACGAUACCGAAGUAGCUGUAGCGUUAGGAUUCGUGGCCCAUACCACGCAGAUGAUCGCCAAUUUUCUUAACAUACCCGCCAGAUAUCCCAUUGUACAUUACGGAUCGCGUAGCAAGGUCAUAGAUCAUAUUACAGAGAAUUUACCGGAUAACGAAAGACAAUUCCCCUUGUUCGCUCGGAGUAAAGACAAGUUACAAUUUCGUUAUGCCGUUUAUCUGUUAAAUAAAAAUAUAGCUCAACUUAGAUGGUACUGUGGCCUUCCUACAACGGAUUUAAGGGCGACGCUUCCGAACCUUGCUGCGUUGAUAAACAUCAAACCGAAUCAGUCACAUUUUGAUAACUCGAAACGAACGUACUCCGCCUCUUCUUUGGAUAUCGAAGUGACCAACAUCAAACAGAGCGUGACACCGCCGAUACAGAAAAUAAUUUUUGAAAAGUGUCAUCGACCUUCGCGAUCUAUGAGCCAACUAAAGAGUAUAAAAUCUACUCUGGGCUCCUCGUUGGAUCAAGGAUUGGACAAACCCGUUCAAUCCCUCGUUUUAGGUAGUCAGUCUAAACGAAUCUGCAAGUCGGAGGAAAGCGCUAUAGAUGAUAAGACGCUGGCUCUACCGAAAGAUAGAUCGAGUAACAGUAGCAACGAAACUUUGAACAACGCUAUUCUGUGCAAUAUAACCGGGCCGAGCGUCGAAGACGCCGCUCGGUUAAGUGAUGAAAAUGCCAUAGACAGGAAUAUCGAGAUUACGAUACCGACGUCGGUGUCGAAAUCGACGAACAUUACGGACGGUUUGGAGGGCUCGGUCAGCGCGAGAGAGAGAAGCUCGAACUCUAUAAGCAGCUGCGAAAUGGCAUUGAACAGUAGCCAAAACGGGGACGACAGUUUGAACGAUAAGAAAGAUGAAGCCGCGGAACUCACAUCGGUUACAAACGAUGUCGUGGAUCAUUUGCAAAAUGGCAAGUCGUCUACCGAUGACUGUGAUAAUUUUAAAACUACGGCUAGUGAACAAAGUGACAAUGUCAGUGAACACACGGCGAUAGGAACAAAGACUUUAUAUAAUAAAGAACAGUUCGCGAAAUCCUGUCUGUCUCUAGACGAUAUAAUGUGUUGUACUUACGAUGAAAAUGAAAGAACAGAGAGGACAAGCUCCAUUUGCAGUUAUCCUGAAGGAUUUUUGUCUAAGGACAUUGACCUAGCAUCUCGGACACGUUACAAUUCCGAUUCAAAGCAAGAAAUGGCGGAUUCAAAAAAUUGUCGCAACACUAGUAAGGAGUCAACGUUGGAAACAGAGCUGAAACCAAAUCAGAAAUCGGACUUGAUAUCCUACGAGGAGACGAGUAAACGCGAUUUUCAAGCGUCGACCGAGUACAUAGAUAUAAUCAGACGGAGUUCCGAGAACGUUUACGCGCGGACCGAGGCGUUGGCUAACAAAAAGACCAGUUUCAAAGUCAUGAAACCGCGAUAGAAAUGUUAUCUUGUAUUAUUUUUAAUUAAUUAUCCAGAGGUGCACUGAUCAAAUCACGUGCACGUAUAGAAUCAUACUUACAACUAAUUAUGUUUCCUCGUUUCGUUGAACAGAUUGUACUUUAUUAUGUUGAACAUAUUUAAACGAA